UUCGUCGGCUGCUGCUGCGACGGUGACAGUAUUCUUCAACCCGCACAUCUGCCCAGAAUCGGCAGCCGUCUCCGCCAAGAAACACUGUUGUAGUAUCCAGCAAGAACGAAAUAAGCGACGGCAGCAUGGCAGAAGGCAGCAACUCGCCUGCGGAAGGUUACCUUGACUGGGCACAGGAGGAGCUCGGGGUAGUUGUCCACCACCCCUUGCGAGUGUCCUCCACGCCCGGAAAGGAGGAGAGGGGUGUGUUUUGCGAGGAGAACAUCCCAGCGGAGACAAUCGUCGUGUCCGUGCCGUGGGAGGCUCUCAUGACCGUGGACAGCGCCAAGGGCACGCCGUUCGAGGGCCUGAUGGAAGCAGGUGCAAGGGAAGACGACGUGCUUUGCCUCCUCCUCCUCUACCACCGCCACAUCCUGAAAGAACGCUCUCCGCUCAAGGGGCACAUGGAUGUCCUCCCGCGAGAGUACCACCAGACCAUAUUUUACUCCGACGAUGAGCUGGAGCUGUUGCGCGGCACGAGCCUGCACGCGGUGACGGUGCAGUGGAAAGCCCAGGUGGACACCGACUUUCGGGAGCUCGAGGCGUUGCCGCUCCCCUCGCCACGUUCGGAAGAGGGCGGCUCCUCUACGGCGCGAGACGCGCUCGAAGGUUUUCUCACCAAGGAGGAGUACCUCUGGGCACUCGGGACGGUGUGGAGCCGCUUUGUCACGGUCGAGCGGGCGGGGCGCGGGCUGAAGGCCAUGGCCCCGGUGUUCGACAUGUUCAACCACGGCCCUUUAUCCUCGACGGUGCACGGAUAUCAAGAGUCCAACGACUGCCUCCACCUCGUGACCCUGCAAGAUUGGGCCUCCGGUUCCGAGGUGAAGUUCAGCUACGGCCCGCUCCCGAACUCCCGCCUGCUACUGCUGCACGGGUUUUGCCUCCCGGACAACCCGUUCGAAUCGGUGGAGCUGUGGGCGAUGAUGGAGCCCGGGGCACCUGGCUUCGCCGAAAAGAAUAAGAUUAUGUUGGACAACGGGGUGGACCCUUCCAAGCGACCGUUCUUCCUCACCAGUAAAGGUUUGGACCCGCUCUUGCUGCCGGCGCUGCGAGUACAGAGGGCCACGGAAACGGAGCUCAAGGUCGCGGCAGAAACCCCUUGGGGCGAGACCUUAGGCGCGAGGAACGAAGCGGCUGUAGUCGACGUUCUCUGGAACGCCCUCGCCGGCAUGCUGAAAGAGCGAGAGGGCCCCUCCACGGCCCACGCGUCCUGCAACGGCCCUGUCUCCGGGGAAGCACAAGCAUCCCGCACGCCUCCUGACCCCAACAACGACACGGGGGGGGAAGGAGGGGAAGAAGAUGGGGGAGCGGAGAGAACGAUCGUGCCGGAGGACAGGUCCGCAGCCGCGGAGCUCCUGCGGAAGGGGGAACAGCGCGUGCUGCAAAAAUGCUUGGAUUGGGUCGAGGACUACCGGUCGGGGUUGAAACAUCAGGUGGAGUGA